GAGAGCUAAGACACCUAGGAAACCUCUGGUGAAAAAAGGAUCCCAAACAAACUUUAAAGACCCAGUUGGGGUAUACUGUAGGGUGCGCCCACUGAGCUUUCCUGAUCAAGAGUGCUGCAUAGAAGUGAUCAACAAUACAACUGUGCAGCUUCACACUCCUGAGGGUUACAGACUUAACAGAAAUGGAGACUAUAAGGAGACUCAGUAUUCAUUUAAGCAAGUAUUUGGUACUCACACAACCCAAAAGGAGCUUUUCGAUGUUGUGGCUAAUCCCUUAGUAGAUGACCUCAUUCAUGGCAAAAAUGGUUUUUAAAACUAAUGAUAGAAAUAGUAUGGAUAUACAGUGUGAGGUUGAUGCCUUAUUAGAACGUCAGAAAAGAGAAGCCAUGCCCAAUMCAAAGACCCCCUCUAGCAAGCGACAAAUAGAUCCAGAAUUUGCAGAUAUGAUAAACGUCCAAGAGUUCUGCAAAGCAGGAGAAGUUGAUGAAGAUAGUGUCUAUGGUGUAUUUGUCUCCUAUAUUGAAAUAUAUAAUAAUUACAUAUAUGAUCUGUUGGAAGAGGUACCAUUUGAUCCCAUCAAACCCAAACUUCCACAAUCUAAAAUGCUUCGAGAAGAUAAGAACCAUAACAUGUAUGUUGCAGGAUGUACAGAAGUAGAAGUGAAAUCUACUGAGGAGGCCUUUGAAGUUUUCUGGAGAGGACAGAAAAAGAGACGUAUUGCUAAUACCCAUCUGAAUCGGGAAUCCAGCCGUUCCCACAGUGUGUUCAACAUUAAAUUAGUUCAGGCUCCCUUGGAUGCAGAUGGAGACAAUGUCUUACAGGAAAAGGAACAAAUCAUUAUAAGCCAGUUGUCCUUGGUAGAUCUUGCUGGAAGUGAAAGAACUAACCGAACUAAAGCAGAAGGGAACAGGUUGCGUGAAGCUGGUAACAUUAAUCAGUCACUAAUGACACUAAGAACAUGUAUGGAAGUUCUGAGAGAGAACCAAAUGUAUGGAACUAACAAGAUGGUUCCAUAUCGAGAUUCAAAGUUAACCCAUCUGUUCAAGAACUAUUUUGACGGGGAAGGAAAAGUACGUAUGAUUGUGUGUGUGAAUCCAAAGGCUGAAGACUAUGAAGAAAGCUUGCAAGUCAUGAGAUUUGCAGAAGUGACCCAAGAAGUUGAAGUAGCUAGACCUAUAGACAAGGUGAUAUGUGGUUUAACCCCUGGGAGACGAUAUAGAAACCAGGCUCGAGGAGGCCCAGUUGGAGAUGAACCAUUGGUUGCCGAAGUGGUUUUACAGAGUUUCCCACCUUUGCCGUCAUGUGAAAUUUUGGAUAUCAAUGAUGAGCAGACCCUUCCAAGGCUGAUAGAAGCCUUGGAGAAGCGGCAUCAUCUGCGACAAAUGAUGAUUGAUGAGUUUAACAAGCAAUCUAAUACUUUUAAAACUUUGUUACAAGAAUUUGACAAUGCUGUUUUAAAUAAAGAAAAUUACGCUCAAGGAAAACUGAAUGAAAAAGAAAAGGUGAUCUCAGGACAGAAAUUGGAAAUAGAACGACURGAAAAGAAAAAUAAAACUUUGGAAUAUAAGAUUGAGAUUUUAGAGAAAACAACUACUAUCUAUGAAGAAGAUAAACGCAAUCUACAACAGGAACUUGAAGCCCAGAAUCAGAAACUUCAAAGACAGUUUUCUGACAAACGCAGAUUAGAAGCCAGGUUGCAAGGCAUGGUGACAGAAACAACAAUGAAGUGGCAAAAAGAAUGUGAACGUCGAGUGGCGGCCACCCAGCUGGAGAUGCAGAAUAAACUCUGGGUUAAAGAUGAAAAACUGAAACAGCUGAAGGCUAUUGUUACUGAACCCAAAACUGAAAAACCUGAGAGACCCUCUCGGGAGCGGGAUCGAGAGAAAGUUACUCAAAGAUCUGUUUCUCCAUCAUCAGUGCCUCUUUCUAGUAACUAUAUUGCUCAGAUUUCCAACGGCCAGCAACUCAUGAGCCAGCCACAGCUACAUAGGCGCUCUAACUCUUGCAGCAGCAUUUCUGUAGCUUCCUGUAUUUCGGAAUGGGAGCAGAAAAUUCCUCCGUACAACACACCUGUCAAUGUUACAUCUAUUGCAAGGCGUAGGCAGCAGGAGCCAGGACAAAGUAAAACUUGUAUCGUAUCAGACAGAAGGCGAGGGAUGUACUGGACUGAAGGCAGGGAGGUGGUUCCUACAUUCAGAAAUGAGAUAGAAGUAGAAGAGGAUCAUUGCUGCAGGGGAGAUGUUUAUAAAACAAGGGGUGGUGGACAAUCUGUUCAGUUUACUGAGAUUGAGACCUUGAAACAAGAAUCACCAAGUGGUAGUCGAAAACGAAGAUCGUCCACAGUAGCACCUGCCCAACCAGAUGGUACAGAGUCUGAAUGGACCGAUGUAGAAACAAGGUGUUCCGUGGCUGUGGAGAUGAGAGCAGGAUCUCAGCUGGGACCUGGAUAUCAGCAUCACGCGCAGCCUAAGCGCAAGAAGCCAUGAACUGACGGUCCCAGUAGUGAAAGAACAUUGUCAUUUGUGUUGGUAAUUUCAAAGCCAUGCCAGAAGCAGUCUUGAGACAUCUUGUAGAAUUCCAGCUUUGUGGAACGUUACAGACCUCAGCUAUAUCAUACACUGGCCUAGAACAAAGUUUCCCCUUUGGAUCCAAAGACAUCUAUGAUUCAGCAAACUUUGUAUAUUAAAUACCUUGCCAUAUUUAAUAUUAAUAGAAGACCCCCCCUCCAUUUUCUCAUGGCUGUAUGAACUUUUUUUAUAAUACUAUUUUUUUUUUGUACAUUUCUUGUAUACUUAUGAACUCUAAUUCAAGCAAGUGUUUGUCUUGGGUAAUUAAGGAAGAAUAUAUCUAGAUCAUACUUUAUUUUUUAUUCUGAUCUUUUUCAGCUCUGGUCUGAGUAUUUCUUAAAGGUUUUAUAAGCAAAACAAAUGCUGCUAUUGAUUAGCUGCAAGAAUGCACUUUAGACAUACUGGACAAUUCAAACUUUCAAAAUAAAGAUGUCAGUGACUGGCUAUCAAUAAAACCAUUUUAAAAAGUUGUCURCAAUUUUGUAUGUAUAUAUUCACUUUCUGACAGAUAAGUCAAAAGAACUGAAAUAAAAGGCACUGAGAAAUACAAA